AUGGCGACUCGACGAUGCAUGGCCGAUCGUUUCAGUCACUCUCGUUUCAGUCGCAUUCGCUUCUGCCGUACAGCCUUGAUACUCUUCCUUUGCGCGUUCGCGUUCGCUUUACGCACAGCGUGGCUGUCACUUGACAAUAUCGAGUCCGGAUUCGACGCUUCUAUCGAAGCCGUUAGCGAGAACGAUAAUCCCGAGUUGUCAGCCGCUGAUUGGCCGUUCGAGGAAUGGAUGGGAUGCUUCUUCUGGGCCGACAAUCCCGAGGAAAUGGCAGACGCCCUGGCGUCAUCGCAGCCGUUCAUCUCCAUCUCAUCAAGCACCAAACCCUCAUCUGUUACCGGACUGAGUCGAAACCUUGAACCCGAGCCAGAGGUUCGGGCCGAGCCUCGAGUUACGCCGCUGGUUCGAACCUCAGAUGAGCAGGGUCGGACGGAUGGACACAAGAGACUGCUAAGCCUCGUUUCAAGCGAGCUGGAUUUUGUCGCUGACGUCAUUAACGCGCAGUGGCGGCGAAGAGCAAUCCGUGGGAGAGUGAAAGACGACGAAGCUUCGUCGCGAGUCACUAUUUCUGUUCCUGGUAGUAGUUGUACCUCCACGACAAGUAGCAGGCUUAUCCCCGCUAGAGGCACACCUCGGUGUUCCCAAGCGUAUCCCCGUUACAAGCAGGCUUAUUACCGAGAAAGCAGCGUUGCUGGCGUUGCUGCAGCUGAGAAAGAAACGGAAGGAAAAAGAGGAUAUGGUCGCGGGAAAAAGCACGGCGUCGGGUUGGCGAUUGACGACUACGAGAGGGAGUUACGGAUGCUGCACUCAGAGGUGCGUGCAAUGACUGGUGCCAUGGAGGGCAAGGCGCUGCUCUUAGCAGAAGCACGGGCGCGGCAGCUGAUACAGGCACGCAAGCAGCGGGAGGCGGCGUGGUUUGUCUCGACUUGGCGCAGGUCGCAUCUGCGCCUGAGCAACGCGACGUGGCCGCCGUCCAACCGGCGGGCUGCUGAGCUGGCAGCAGCCAAUGAAAUGCCUCCACGCACGCCUUUACAUAUGGCUGCAAGAUCGAAGUCAAGCAGAACAAGGAGUGCUCGCAGCAAGCAACAAAAAGCAAGCAAGGCGGUAUUGGGAGGUGGUGACGUGUCAGCCAUGGGAAGUGAUGACGUGGCGGCAGAGGGAAAUGCUGACUUGGCAGCAGUGGAAGAUGAUGACAUCAUCAUUGUGUUGCUCGUGCACAACCGGCCGGCAUAUCUCAACCGCACUCUGGAUGCUCUGAGCAAAGUGGACGGCAUACAGAACGUGCUGCUUAUAGUCAGUCACGACGGCUUCUACCCCUCCAUGCACGCCCUGGUCCGCUCAAUCUCCUUCUGUCGGGUCAAGCAGCUUUACUUCCCCUUCUCACCGCACCUCUUCAACGGAACCUUCCCAGCAGCUUCUGCCGCCGACUGCCGCGGCAAGUCAAGGCGGCCGUGGGAAACGAAUGCAGGAGGAGCGGAGCGGUGGGAGCAGUGGGAGCGGUGGGAGCAGUGGACUCGUCCGGGGGGAAAGCUGAGGAAGAGGCAUUCUAAAGGCGUGGGUAACGAGCGGAUGGUGAGGGACGGUGGGAUGAGGCAUGCUGCUAGCAACGGUGUGAGAAAAGAGGAGGUGGGGGAGGAGGAGGAAGGGGAGGAGGUGGGAGAUGAGAUGCCGUGUUGGGGUCAAGCAGAUGAAUUUGGAUCGUACCGCGAACCAAAAAUCGUCUCCCUUAAGCACCACUGGUGGUGGGUGCAGAACACGGUGUGGGACGGGCUGCCAGAGACCAGGGCAUUCAACGGCCACAUGCUCUUCAUAGAGGAGGACCACUGGCUCUUCCCCAACGCACUUAGCCACCUGCGCGCUUUGCUAAGCGCCAAGCGCCGCGGGCGCUGCGACGAGUGCAUCGCUGUGAGCCUCGCCCCUGCUGAUGUGGGGGUGGUGGAGGAUGAGGAGGAGGGGGCGGUGGAGAGGAGGGGAGUGAAUGCUGCAGUGCAAGCAGAGCGGGAGGUGGAGGGUCGUCAGAGGGGCGAGACUGGAGCGAGGGGAUUGAGGCGUUUAGUCAGAAGAACACCCGAGGGGAGUAUGGUGGAGAAAAGGGGAAUUUUGAGGCGGAGAGGGCACUUCACGGCGGAGAGGCUGGGCAACGUGGGGUACAGCUUCAACCGCAGUGUGUGGGAGAUGAUGCACUCCCUCGCAGAGGAGUUUUGCUAUAUGGAUGAUUACAACUGGGACAGGUCCAUGUGGGAGCUCAUCUCCCUCCACAUGCCAUCUGCUCGCAUGCUGAGGUGGCACCGUGCCAGUGCAUGGCACUUUGGCGACCGUUUCGACUCACUAUGCUGGCCGCGAGCUCUCUUAAAGACUUCUUGUCAGCAGACCUUAGAUCUUCUCCUAGAUUCAGUCAGUGUUACCGCCAUGGAUCCUUCCACUCCAGUGCAAGAUGGGGUUCUCACGGCAGGCGGAGGGGGAUCGGGUGGGGCUGCAGCAGCCGGGGGAAUGCCGCUAAUAUCGCCGUCGGACGUGCACGUUUUAGUGGUGGACGACGAAAGGCUCUCGCGACUCGUCGUCGGGAAUCAGUUUCGAAGAUGUGGUUAUCAAGUGACGGUGGCGGAUGGAGGGAUGGAGGCCCUUCGGGUGCUGCAGGAGAGGCCAGACGGGUUCAAUCUCAUCCUCGUUGACCUCAUGAUGCCGGGGCUGGAUGGGCUGCAGCUGCUGCGAAUCCUCCGCGCCGACUCCAACUACAACGCCAUCCCCAUCAUCAUGAUGUCAGGCAACUCCAACCAGGCGACGGUUCUGCAGUGCAUAGCGGCGGGCGCGGAGGAGUAUCUGGUGAAGCCGGUGACGAAGCGUGACGUCACGCACAUGUGGCAGCACGUGUGGCGCCGCAUCCAGCUCGUCUCCAACACGCCUGAGAGCCUCCAGAAUAGCGGUAACCUGGCGGAGCACUCAGGCGCAGGCGCAUCCUCCUGCCCCGACGGGCAGGGUCAGAGUCACGGGUAUGGGUAUGGGUAUGGGAUGGAGGGCACGUCUACGCUGCCCACGCACUCGUCUGCUGAUACCCGCGGCACGUGCUCGUUCUCCAGCGGCAGUGGGCCCCUAGCUGCUCUACCGCUCCACCCCCACCAUCCCCACCAGCCCCACCAGCCACACCAACCACACCAAUCACACCAGCCGUUGGGCGUGGCCGGUGGGUUUGCCAGCGCUAGGGGAGAUGGGUCGCUGGCUGUGUCGGGAAGCAUGGGGCAGCGGGAGGGGUCGGUGGCGGAAGUGGCGCUGACGGGGGGUUCCGGGGAGCUGUGGGGCGGCGGAGGGGGCACGGAGAUCUGGACUGGUGCUGUUGGCGCUGGUACCGCGUCGUCAGGCAGUGGGGGGGACAUUCACGAGUGGGUGGCCCGCCUGGAGCAGAUGCCAGAGCUGCAGGAGCAGGGCGACAGUGGCGACGGCGGGGAUAAGUCGCCUGAGAGCGGAGCAGCACGCGGGGGUACGGUGGAGCGCAGAGAAGAGGCUGGUAGGGGCGAGAAUGGGUCGGAGGGAAGGGAUUCUCGGGGUAGGAAGCUUUGGAGCAGCGUGGGGCAGGAUGGAAGUCCAAGGCAGUCGAAGCUCUCAGGGAAACGAAUUGGCAGCAGUGGGGGUGGGAGUGGCGGUGGGAGUGGCGGCGGCGGCAGUGGGGGCGGCGGUGGUGACGGCGCAGGGAAGGGGAAGAGCGGGUGGGGCUUUCUGUCGGGUCCCAAGGCAGCAGCUUUGAAGAGGCAGCGGGUGGGUAGUCCAGAGGGUGAUGUGAGGCGUGUGGGGAGCACAAGUGGCAGCACAGGACAGGCAGGCAGCUCUGGGAAGGGAGGCGGGGCAGGUUUGGGAAGUGGCUCGGUGCGUGCGAGUAGGUUCGGGAAUGGCGGUGGCGGUGGUUCGGGCUUGGAUGGCGGUGGGUCUGGAAUGGGAGUCAGUUCGGGAAUGGGAGGUGGUUCGGGGCUGGUUGGUGGUGUCGCCUCAGCACAGCAAUGGUGUGAGGCUGAAGGUGAAGGUGCUGCUGCUGCUGCCACCACCACCCCUUCCACAAUGCCCCGUGCUCUGUCGAAUCCCGAGCGGACCCGCCCUGCCAGUGGCGGCAGUGGGAGCGACCUUUUUCAGGUGAAUGAGCAACGGUGGGGCUCAGGAGAUUUUUCAGGUGCUGUGGGUGCGGGUGGGAGGGGACGAGGGGGGGCAGCAGGGCGCGGUAGAGGGGCGGGGAGGGGGGGGUUCGUGGCGGGGCGAGGGGUGUGGAGCCACAGUCGUCAGGGCUGGGAGGUGCAGCAGCAGCAGCAGCCGCAGCAGCAGCAGCAGCCGCAGCAGCAACAACAGCGAUGCUACACGAAGCAGGGGCAGGAGAGUGGGGAGAGCCAAGGGCUAGGUCAGCAGCAGGGGGGUCAGCGCAUGCGGGUGCCGAGUGAUGGGGAUGAGGCGCCUGUGGUCAGUGCUGGGCCGCCCUCUUGGGUUGUGAUCCAGAGAAAACGAGGAGAGGAGCUGAAACCUCUGUCGGCUAUGGCUGCUGCUGCUGCUGGAAGUGCUGGUGGUGCUGCUGCUGCCAAUGCAGAUGGAAGGCGGGUGGAUGGGUUGGGGGAGGGGCAAUGGGGCAACGGCAUGGGUGCGGUGGGUGGUGAGGACGGGGGUGAGGGAAAUGAUGGUCCGAUUGGGAGUGGUGCAGCAGGGAACGGUGCGGUUGGGAGUGGUGGCUGCAUGGAGGUGGAUGGGAGGGAGGAAGGGGAAGCAGCAGCUGGUUCGGGCUUGGGCGGUUGGACAGACCCCUCGUCAGGCUUGUGGGUGGAGAGCGGUAGUGCUGGUGCUGCUCUGACCGCUGGUGCUGCUCUUAGUUCUGGGACUGCUCUUACUGCUGGUGCUGCUGCUGCUGGUGGUGCUGCUGGUGGUGGUGGUUCUGGUGGUGCUGGUGCUGGUGGUGGUGGUUCUGGUGGUAGUGGUUCUGGUGCUGGUGGUUCUGGUGGCGGUGGUGGGCGCAUUGCACUGAUGAGCUGCAGACGGCAAAGAUCACACGGGGGAGGUGAGGGACGCGAGGAGAUGCAUGGCUGUGGGGAGGUGGACGAGAGGGACAUGGGGAAGGAAGGAGAGGAGGAGCGGGAGAUUGGGGAAAACGAGGAGGCAAAGGAGGAGGAGAGGGGAGCGAGGAGAAUGGGGGAGGAGGGGGUUGCUGGGGUGCAUGGGAAGGAGAUGGAGAAUGGAGGAGAGGGAGGGGGUGAGGAGGAGCGUGAGGUGAGAGAGGAGGGUGGUGGGCAUGGAGAUGAGGCGCCAGGGGAAACAGAGGGGGAUGAGGGGGAGCAGGCGGGGAUGCUGGGCCUGAAUUCGGGAGUGUCACGGGAAGCUGUUGCUGCUUGGAUGAGGAGUUUGGGGAUGAGUGGGAUAGAGAUGAACGGGUCUGGUGGUGUGGUUGACCCUCAGGAGGGGCAAGAGGAAUUGCCGAGUGCCGAGCAGGAGGAGCUAGAGUGGAUGAGAAGACGGCAGCAGAUCGAGGGUGUGACUCCCGUGGGAUGGGAAGAAGAUGGUCAGGGGGAGCAACAGUGGGGCGUGGAGGAGGAACGGCAGGGCUUGGAACUAGCAGCAAUUGACAUGGCAGGGCAAGGGAUGGAAUGGGGCGAGGAGGGAGUGGGAAGGGGCGGACAAAUGGUGCUGAUGCGUGGUGAGGGAGAGGAGCCUGGGAUGGAGGGUGAGGGGGCGGCUGUUGUGGAAGAUGGAGAAGAGAUAGAGCACGGAGAGGAGAGAGAGGAGGCAGGGGAUAGAGGGCAACAGGGAGAGGAGCAGGGAGAGGAGCGGAUAGAUGGGUCGCAGCAGCACAGGGGGCAGGAGACCCAGGAGGAAAUGGAAGGGGAACGGAUUCGGGCAGGUGAGAACGAGAGGGUGGAUGGGGACGAGGGAGAGGCAGUGGCAGAGGGAGGGGAGGAGGCGGAGGAGGGGGAGGACGAGGAGGCAAGGGAGGAGCGGAGGCGCAGGUUGGAGUUUUUCUUCCUGCGGCAGCGGCAGCAGCAGCUGUUUGAGUUUGAACAGUACCAGCUGCAGCAGCUGCUGGCCAUGGAGCUCGCUGAGAAGGAGCAGGCCAAGCGGGAGAGGGAGGCGGUGCAGGAUGGUGAAAAGGGAGAGGAACAGGAAGUGGGGGAGAGAGAGCGGGAGAGAGAGGGUGAGAGAGAGGGGGAAAGAGAGGAGGAAGGAGAGAGGGAAGGAGACGGGGAAAGAGGUCAAGGGGGACGAGAGGGAGAGGGAGAGGGAGAGAAGAAUGGGGAGCAGGAGGGAGGGGAGGGGGGAGAACCGGAGGGGGAGCAGGGGAGGAGAGGCGAGCGAGGAGGUGAAGAGGUGGAAGAACAAGCAGAGUGGAAGGAGGGAGAGGAGGUGGAAAUGGGCGAAGGGGAGCAGGAGAGAAGAGGAAAGGAGGAUGUGGACCGCCCGAGACAUGGGGGAGAGGGCAGUGCGGGAGCGGGAAGUGAGGAGGGCUUGGUGAAUGUGGGCAGUGCCUCACAUGCGCGCGAAGGCACCCCUGCUGUAUCUGCAAUGGAUAGGGAGCAAGGCGAGGGGGAAUGGGUGCAGGGAGCAGGAGGAGGAGCAGGAGGAGGAGGAGGAGGAGUUGGUGGGAGUGGAAAGAGGGCAUGUGUUAAGGGAGGAUGUUGUAGUGGCAGCAGGGCGAGGCCAGGCGCGCACCUGCUGCUGGUAGACAUGAACGCAGAGGCAGACGAGGCAGCAGACAUGUGGCUUGAUGCAAAGGCAGAGGAGGCAGCAGGCAUGGGCUUGGAUCUGGGGUUGGGAGGAGCGUGUGCGGCACAGCAGAGUCAACAGAGUCAACAGGGUCAACGGAGUGAAGACGGUCUGGGUGGAGGAGAAGGGGACGGGAGGGAGCAGGUGGGAGGAGGCAUGGUUGGGUUGUCGCUGGGACUUGAGUUGGGCGCUCCAGAGACAGGAAAGUGGUUCGAGAAGGGGAGGAUAGAGGGGGAGAAGCAGGAGAGGGUUUCAGGGCCCCACUCGCCAGCUCCCCGCUCCUCAGAGCACCACUCUUCAGGGCCUGAUGAAGAGCCUGAUGCGAUUUUUGAGACGUCUCAAAAGGCUUCAGCGCCCCACUCGCCAGCUCCCGACUCCCCAGAGCACCAGUCUUCAGGGCCUGAUGAAGAGCUUGAUGCGUUGCUGGUGGAUCCUCCAGUGCCUAGAGCACGCUCACGUGUGGUGAACUGGCUGACGCAGCACCGACAGCGGUGGCGAAAGCAGCAGGAGGAGCAGCAAGUGAAGGAGGAGCUGGAGGUCAAGGGGGAGGAGGGAGGGGAUUUGGAGCAGGGGCGAGAAGGCAAGGAGCGGGAGCAGGACGAACGGGAGCAGGAGCACCAGGGCAGGCACGUACGAAGUGGGAAGGGAGAGGGUGUGGGAGAUGCAGGGAGGGAGAAGGAAAGGGAGAUGGCAGCGGAUGUGUAUCGGCUGGGGAUGCUGUUCUUUGAGCUGACGUGUCCCAUGAGCGACCAAUCAGAGCGCAGCAGUGCAAUGGAGGAUGUGAGGAGCCGGGUGCUGCCCACAGCGUACCUCAUGGCCUUCCCCACCGGUGCUGCCUUCUGCCUCUGCCUGCUGCACCCCCUGCCCUCCAGACGCCCACCCAUGAG